CCGCCCAGGCUGGCCAGCCCCAGCUGGAAAGACGCAGGGCUGACUUUCCUACUCCUUUCGAGUCCUUUCAUGGCUGAGCUGCCAUACAUGUCACAUCCCAGAAGCAGGGUCUGCCGUCAUGGGCACUGCUGUUGGUCCCUGGGAAAGGGGUCCCAGGAGACUGGUAGCUUGUGCUUCUCCGUUCCACCUUCUAUCAGCUGCAGGAAUCCAGCCAUGGUGAAUGAAGCCCGAGGCAGCAGCUCUUCGGAGGGCAGCAGUAGUGGCAGUGAAGGUUCCAAAGACAGCUCCCGCUGUCCCACCCCAGUGCUGGAUGCUGAGCGGCAUGAGCGACUUCGAGAGAAGAUGCACCGGAGGAUGGACUCAGGGGACAGGUGGUUCUCCUUGGAGUUUUUCCCUCCUCGAACUGCCCAGGGAGCAGUCAAUCUCAUCUCUAGGUUUGACCGCAUGGGGGCAGGUGGCCCCCUCUUUGUGGAUGUAACCUGGCACCCGGCAGGGGAUCCUGGCUCAGACAAGGAGACCUCAUCCAUGAUUAUCGCCAACACAGCUGUAGACUACUGUGGCCUGGAGACUGUCCUGCACAUGACCUGCUGUCACCAGACUCGGGAUGAGAUCACCAGCAACCUGCACAAGGCCAAGCGGCUGGGCCUAAAGAAUAUCAUGGCAUUGCGAGGAGACCCCAUGGGAGAUGAGUGGGAGGAAGAAGAAAAUGGCUUCUGCCAUGCCGUGGACCUAGUGAAACAUAUCCGCAGUGAGUUUGGUGACUACUUUGACAUCUGUGUAGCAGUCAUUUCCCCAAACUCGUCACCUUGCCUCAGUGGCGCUGAGAGUCAUCUCAGACGAUCAGAACGCCAUGCACAGCAGGUCAAGGUCAUGAUGGGCCAGGCUUCCUGGCGUCUUAACUUGGUGAGGAACCUCAGAGGUCAUGUAGUGCAGCCUUUCCUGGGCACUCCUCUCUCCAGCCUUCCCAAUCACUUCCCACCCAGACUCUGCUGGAACGUUGCCAUCAAUGGUUACCCCAAGGGUCACCCAGAGGCAGCAAGCUUUGAAGAGGACCUUCAGCACCUCAAGGAGAAGGUGUCUGCAGGGGCCGACUUCAUUAUCACGCAGCUCUUCUUCCAGGCGGACACCUUUUUAAAUUUCGUCAAAGCCUGUACGGCGAUGGGCAUCACAUGUCCCAUCCUUCCGGGAAUCUUCCCCAUCCAGGGUUACCACUCCCUGCGGCAGCUGGUGAAGCUCUCCAAGCUGGAAGUGCCACAAGAAAUCAAAGAUGUGAUCGAGCCAAUCAAGGACAACGAUGCUGCCAUCCGCAACUAUGGAAUCGAGCUGGCUGUGGCCAUGUGCCAGGAGCUGCUGGCUAGUGGCUUGGUGCCUGGCCUCCACUUCUACACCCUCAACCGGGAGGUGGCCACUGUGGAGGUGCUGAAGAGGCUGGGCAUAUGGAACGAGGAUCCCAGGCGGCCUCUGCCAUGGGCUGUCAGUGCCCAUCCCAAGCGCCGAGUAGAGGACGUCCGGCCGAUCUUCUGGGCCUCCAGACCAAAGAGCUACAUCUACCGAACCCAAGCGUGGGAUGAAUUUCCCAAUGGCCGCUGGGGGAACUCCUCUUCCCCGGCCUUUGGUGAGUUGAAGGACUAUUAUCUCUUCUGCCUGAAGAGCAAGUCCCCGAGGGAAGAGCUGCUGAAGAUGUGGGGGGAGGAGCUGACCAGCGAAGAAAGUGUCUUCCAAGUGUUUACCUACUAUCUCUCUGGAGAACCCAAUCAGAGUGGUCACAAAGUGACCUGUUUACCUUGGAACGAUGAGCCUCUGGCAGCUGAGACCAGUCUGAUGAAGGAGGAGCUGCAGAAGGUGAAUCAGCGAGGCAUCCUCACCAUCAACUCCCAGCCCAAUAUCAACGGGAAGCCGUCCACUGACCCCAUUGUGGGCUGGGGCCCCAGUGGCGGCUAUGUCUUCCAGAAGGCAUAUCUGGAGUUCUUUACCUCCAGUGAAACAGUGGCAGCUCUUCUCCAGGUGCUAAAGAAAUAUGAGCUCCGUGUCAAUUACCACAUUGUCAAUGUCAAGGGUGAGAACAUCACCAAUGCCCCUGACCUUCAGCCCAACGCUGUGACAUGGGGCAUAUUCCCUGGGCGGGAGAUCAUCCAGCCCACGGUGGUGGAUCCUGUCAGUUUCAUGUUUUGGAAGGACGAGGCCUUUGCCCUGUGGAUUGAGCAAUGGGGGAAGCUGUAUGAAGAGGAAUCCCCAUCACGGAUGAUCAUCCAGUAUAUCCAUGACAAUUAUCACCUGGUCAACCUAGUGGACAAUGAGUUCCCCUUGGACAACUGUUUGUGGCAGGUCCUAGAAGACACCUUUGAGCUCCUCAGCAGGCCAGCCCCACAGUGAAGGGGCCGUCCUCCUCAGCUCCCCAGCCAUCCUUUCUUUCCUCUCUUCCCUGUGUUCCUCUAAGGAUUCUCCAGCUGUUUUUUUUUCUCCAUCCCAUCCCAUCAUACAUGCCCUGGCUCCCAUCCCCAUCCCUCCCCCAGUGACAGCUGCUAGGCUGGUUCAUGACCUCUGUGCUUGGAUUCAACCAGAGUCUGUUCUGCACUCGAGCCUUAGGGGGAGUUUCCCCUACACUACAAUUAUGCUGUUUUCCCCUUUUGUUGGGGAUUAAUUCCAUCCUGCGACCCUGUAAUGGCCCGAGGCCAUGGAGAAAGGCUGGCCAUCCAGGGCCACCUUUCAGUUCUCCUGGCUAGGGGACAUGGCCUGAGACUGAGCGCUGGACCAGAGUGUCUGGCUAGCCAGCUGGGCCUUCCAAAGAAACUGUCCUGUUCUCUUUCCUGGGCAACAUGCUGAUGUUUAGGGCCCAGACAUAACCGGAAAUGCCCCCCUAUGUGUGGAGAGAUGGGACUGUGACUAGACACAUGGAUGCUGGACUUUGGGGUCCUUUUGCCUCAGGGACCUUGGCCUAGUUCUUGCCUCAGUUUCCCCAUCUAUGAAAGGAGAGGUGAGCAUGAACUCUUCUGCCUUCCUAGGCAAGCACACAGACCUCGGGCUGUCACAUGACCACUGUAAGCUGUUCUUACCCUCUUCUGUUGGAGCCUUGGUCAAGGCUGUGGUUCCAUAUUUACUGCCAUUUUUCUUUUCCUGAUUGACCUGUGUUUAAUCUGUCUGGGCAACUCCCAGUGUGGAGUCUCCCUCUCAUCUUCCUUAUUCCAAGACUGGCCCUCUGUCCACUACACUAGCCUUCCUUUGUUUCUACCAUAAGCUGCUUUGUUUCCAUAGGUUCCUGGUUUGAAAGAAAACACCUUAUGGAGUUUCAAGUCACUUCAGAAGUGUCCUCACUGGGGCCCCUGCCCUCAUCUUCCUCCUUAGGGAGGUAGGGAGGAGCAAGAGUCGAUGACCCUUAAGGGCAAAGGGGUCAGUCACAUGGUUGGAGCAGCCUUGGGGCUGCUCACUUCCUCUUCCAGUGCUGGGCCUGUUUGCGUUCUCAUAGGGAGCCCCUUGACCACCACUAUAUUUGCAAUAUUUGCUGCUUUUUUAAUGAUACCUCUUCUUCCUCUACCAAGCUCAGGUCUGGUCUGCUCAGUCUUUUUCCUUCCUCUUCUAAAGAUGUUUGUCUUGUGUGUGAAUGAAUGUCAGUAAGUAGCA